AUGAAGACGAAUCGCCGCGGCCGAGCGCUCCUGGCCGUGGCCCUGAACCUGCUGGCGCUGCUCUUCGCUACCACCGCCUUCCUCACCACUCACUGGUGCCAGGGCACGCAGCGGGUGCCCAAACCGGUCUGCGGCCAGGGCGGGAGCGCCAACUGCCCCAACUCGGGCGCCAACGCCACUGCCAACGGCACCGCCGCCCCCGCCGCCGCCGCCGCUGCCGCCGCCGCCGCCGCGGGGAACGGCCCCCCUGGCGUCGCGCUCUACAGCUGGGAGACGGGCGACGACCGCUUCCUCUUCAGGAAUUUCCACACCGGCAUCUGGUACUCGUGCGAGGAGGAGCUCGGCGGGCUUGGUGAAAAAUGCCGCAGCUUCAUUGACCUGGCCCCAGCAUCAGAGAAAGGGGUCCUGUGGCUGUCGGUCGUCUCCGAGGUGCUCUACAUCCUCCUGCUGGUGGUUGGUUUCAGCCUCAUGUGUCUCGAGCUCUUCCACUCCAGCAAUGUCAUCGACGGGCUCAAGCUCAAUGCCUUUGCGGCCGUCUUCACGGUGCUCUCAGGCCUCCUGGGAAUGGUAGCCCACAUGAUGUACACGCAGGUGUUCCAGGUCACCGUGAGCCUCGGCCCUGAAGACUGGAGGCCCCAUUCCUGGGACUACGGGUGGUCCUUCUGCCUGGCGUGGGGCUCCUUUACCUGCUGCAUGGCAGCCUCUGUCACCACGCUCAACUCCUACACCAAGACGGUCAUUGAGUUCCGGCACAAGCGCAAGGUCUUUGAGCAGGGCUACCGGGAGGAGCCGACCUUCAUAGACCCUGAGGCCAUCAAGUACUUCCGGGAGAGGAUGGAGAAGGGGGAUGGGCACGAGGAGGAGGACCUUCAUUUGGAUUGCCGCCACGAGAGAUACCCUGCCCGAUACCAGCCACACAUGGGAGAUUCCUGGCCCCGGAGCUCUGCACAGGAGGUGCCGGAGCUGAACCGCCAGUGCUGGGUCCUGGGGCACUGGGUGUGA